AGCCGAAGAUGUCGGCUCGGUCAUGUGAUCAACUGUGUCCAAUCACAGCUGAUCACAUGGGACAUAUGCACUGAUCAUCAGGGCACUGAUGAUCAGUGUGCCACCUGAUGAUCAGUGUAGCCCCAGCAGUGCCACCUGUCAGUGCUGUCCAUCAGUGCCACCUGUCAGUGCUCACCCAUGCCACACCUGCCUACCAGUGCACAUCAAUGCCACAUAUCAGUGCCUAUCUGAGCUGCCUUUCAGUGUCACCUAUCAGUGCCAGUCAGUGCCACCUAUCAAUGCCAAUCAGUGCCACCUAUCAGUGCCAGUCAGUGCCGCCUAUCAGUGUGCAUCA